UCUCCCACACUCAUAAAUGGGUCAUGUUACUCAGGUUAACACCCAGUCGAGCAAACCAGCUGCUCCCUGGCACCCACGUGGGGACUCCCGAAGACAGGAGAGGCUCUGUCUGGCAUUUGGUUGGGUAGAAGUUAGAGGAUUCGCACUGCGGGUCGCUGCAUAGGCAGUGCUGUACCCGCACAUAUACUCUGAUAGAGAGUCAGUAGUAGACAUCUCCAUAGAGAAAUUUGACCACCUGAGCAUGGAGUAUGACCCCUCCUUCGGAUCGCAUAAAGGCCUGUGCAUUUGUCCCUCUAUCUUUAGCUAAGGGUAUGAUGUUUGAAUACUAAAAAGACAUUCCAAGAAAUCCGACUCGAAAGUUUGGUCCAGCACGGUACUCGGCAGGCUAAACCUAAUCGGUCUCCGGAUCCCGUCCAUCAAACUAAACGGUAGUGACGUUAACUCAUUCAUAAUUUUUUUUAAUUCUUUAACUCUCGCUUCCUCAACUUCGCACGUCGCGUGUCCGCUUCCUGUUUUCAUGUUUGGGAUUGCUGGUAGAGGCUAAACUAUUCUUUUGCCGCCUGGUUGGGGCUUCUCAUGGUUGGAAAGGAGUACCAAUGCUUCCCAUUCUGAUUCUCCCGAUUAUCUCUACCCUGAUCGGCAGUGUCCCCGCCAUACCCAUAUCAGACCAACAACCGUUGGGCGAUCAGCUUUUGCAUUCAAAUGGCGACCUUUAUAGCAUUGACAAGCCAUCGGGCUCCUCUUCUAGCCGAGGACUCACCGGCCGCUUUUUGCAUAUCACAGACAUACAUCCAGACUCGCACUACAAGGCCGGGAGAUCCGUGGACGAGGAUGACGCAUGCCAUCGGGGAAAGGGCCCUGCGGGAUACUUUGGAGCGGAAGGGAGUGAAUGCGACGCGCCUCUCACCCUUAUAAACGAAACAUUCCGCUGGAUAGAAAAGAACCUCAAAGGCGAUAUCGACUUUGUUAUAUGGACUGGUGACUCUGCUCGUCAUGAUAAUGAUGAGAAAAUCCCUCGAACGGAGGAGGAAGUGUCUGCCUUGAACGAGAUAAUUGCUGGCAAAUUCAUUGACACUUUCAAGGAGGGUUCCAGUAAUUCCCCUUCUAUUCCAAUCGUUCCUACGCUGGGAAACAACGACUUCAUGCCACACAACAUAUUUAACGAUGGCCCAAACCGAUGGACUAAGAAGUUUGUCGAUAUAUGGGCAAAGUUCAUCCCGGAGCAUCAGCGCCACACCUUCGUGGAAGGCGGCUGGUUUACGUCGGAGGUGAUUCCCAACAAGUUGACAGUCAUUAGCUUGAACACGAUGUAUUUCUUUGACUCCAACUCUGCGGUCGACGGUUGUAAAGCCAAAUCACAGCCAGGAUUUGAACAUAUGGAGUGGCUGCGUGUGCAACUAAAGUUGCUGCGGUCACGCGACAUGAAAGCAAUCCUGAUAGGGCAUGUCCCGCCGGCGAGGUCUGGAUCCAAGCGAAGCUGGGAUGAGACGUGUUGGCAGAAAUACACUCUUUGGGUCCAUCAGUAUCGUGACAUUAUUGUUGGUACUGCCUAUGGGCAUAUGAACAUCGACCAUUUUAUGCUCCAGGACAGCCAUAAAGUGAACAUUCUUGAUGCCAGCAAGAGCUCGGCUUCUUCAGCCGUAUCUGGCGAUACAUCUCCCUUGGUCUCUGUUCAGUCCCGCCAAAGUUAUCUUGUCGAUCUCAGGAAAGAUUGGUCUAAAAUGCCGUCACCACCCGCAGGAAUGUCAGCCCUACAUGAAUUAUUUGAGGAUGGUUCCACCGAACAUGCCGAAGAUGCUGAUCCUGAGGUUCUGAUGGCAAACAAAAAGAGGCGCAAGUUUCUGAAGAAGAUUGGUGGUCCCUGGGCUGAGCGAUACAGCGUAUCAUUGGUAUCUCCCAGUGUAGUUCCCAAUUACUUUCCAUCGCUUCGGGUCGUUGAGUAUAACAUCUCUGGCUUGGCCGAUGCCACGACUUGGGCCGAGUCUUUGGAACAAGGUACUGCAAUAGCCUUACCUUCCUCGGAGAUGAUAGACGAUGAUGCAUCUAUCGAGAAAAAGAAGAAGGGGAAGAAGAAGAAGAAGCAGCCCCACUUCAAGGUCCCCAAACCACCGUCAUCAUCUACUCCACCAGGACCGGCGUACUCGAACCAACCGUUUACAUGGCUGGGUUACACUCAAUAUUUUGCAAACCUAACCAAAAUCAACGAGCACGUGACCAAUAGCAGAGAACUUGCGAGUGGCUCCGUCAAUCCUACCGACACCGAGGUUAACGAGGUUCGUGAAACGAGCCGUGGCGACGAUGCCUUCGUUUUUGAGGUUGAAUACGAUACUAGAAAUGAUCCAGUUUACAUGAUGAAGGAUCUCACAGUGCGCAGUUUCUUUGAACUAGCGACUCGAAUUGCGAAGGAAUCCUCAAAAAAGAAUGAUUUAUUGGCGGACAGUACAAAUGUCGACGGUCUGCCUGCCAGCGAGACUGGCGCAGUCGAUGAUUAUGAUGACGAUGACUUUGAACGCCAAAUGAAAAAGAAAAAGAAAAAACCCCAGAACAAAGUAUGGCGGACGUUCUUUGAACGCGCGUUUGUAGGAUUUCUGGACAUUGAUGACCUUGACGACAUGUCAGAAUGAUAAAGUUUUCUUUUCUGCGAUAGAGUGGGGCUUAAGAAUAUAUAUUAGACUGACAAGGGAUGGGUUUUAUUUCUUGACACUUGUUUUAUAAUUUCCAAAGAGCCAGCAUUGCUAUAUGUAUAUAGUAGUCUUUUAGCUCAUAAUGCUGGUGUUGCUGAAAGGUAGCUUCGGAUGUGCGGAUGCAUGUCGAAAAGGAAUUGCACUUAGUAGCUUAACCUCGAUUGUCUUUAUUGUAUAUGCUGUAUACAAAUGUAUAUGUACAUGGACAAGGGUGGCUGACAAGAUACCUUAAGCGGUCAAUAGGGCGGUGGGUCUUUGCCAUGUGUUGGAACGUUAAAUUGGCUCUUUGUUUCUAUCCUCGCAUGGAGACUGACUGACUACACUUACAGGACUCAACUGC